AUGGCUUCAAGCUCUGUUGAGGCGCCUGGAUCUUUGCGAAGUCAAGGCUCUGAACCCCGCAGUACUCAAUCUUCAGCUGCCAGCCAACAACCUUUGUCUCAAGCAGCAGAUCCCUUCAAUUUGUCGCUCGGCCAAGACGAAACCUCAUCUCCUGUCGAGCAUAUCGAGACUCCUGCUGGUUCGAAUGCGACUCUGAGCCACUAUCAAUCUAGUGACUUUAGCGAUCUCGAAGACGACCCAUUCUUUGGUGCCGACUUCAACAAUAUAGACCCCGCGACGCCAUCCUUUCUGGAUGAGGCCACAUGGGACCAGACUGACUUCUCUGUGGAUAACCUCCCAAUAACUGAAUCACACCAUGAAUCGGCAGAUGGCUCGUCUUACCCUUUGACGCCUACACAUACCGCCUCUAUUCACACAACGUCACCGAGAAGUGAUCGCAAGGACCUCGGUACAACUAUCACUUCCGGAACAAUCCCGAAUUCAAUCUCGCCGCAACAACUUCAGCGGCCCUUAAAGCCUAGUGUCCUUGUUGACUCAUCCACAAUUACUCCUAGCCACAGUAGUAGUAAUAGGACGAGCGAGGACGGCCUUGCGCCCGCGCUCGUGACCAUGCAUCCCCAGAGCCCAAGAGUGACUGUUUCGGUCUGGGACAAGGACGAUGAUGCUCCUAUCCACACUAUUGAGCGUACCCUGGAAGACAGCCCUAGAACGGUUCGUGGAGGCAUUCACUCUGCGGGCGACCUGAUCACUACCGCCCGUGACCAAGAUUUGAUGUCUGGACACCGGGAUUCUUUGGAUCGCUGGGACCAGGAGCAGGCGGCGUCAAGACGAGCAGGGCUUGAUCCUAGAAAUCGCCCGUCUGAUGAAAUACCUAGUAUCAACCAAAUUGCUUCUCAAAGGAAAACUGACGAACGAAAUCAAGAUGUCGGGCGAUGGUUGUCUGAUAAUCUUGAUGAUGUAUCUGCUCCGUUGGAGAAAUCUGCCGAGGAGAUACAAGCCAUAGAUCACAUGAGGUCUGACGACAAUGAAAUUCCUUUCGGACGGCUUACCGAGAAUCGUUUGGUGCCUGGGGUGCCCUAUAUCGGUGGCCCUGGAGGCGAGAUGUCUGAUGCUGAUCGGGAAAUCCUUUUGUCGUCUCGAGGCUUUGGAGACUCUCCUACGCUUCAUGAAAUUCAAAUGGGCGAUCACGGAAGAUACCAACCAGAAUCCUCACAGGCCGCCAUGGCAAGAUUUGAGAGGCUGUGUCGCGACAAUGAUUCCAUCAUUUCGAGGUCCGCGACCUGGGGCACUCGUCGACGAAGUUUCCCAAGCGUAAUUGAUGUCGAAGGUGUAACCAGCGGAAACUUUCUGAAAAAGCUGUCUAUCAGCCGUGGUAGCGGAGAGAAGACUAGCCGGCCUGGCAAUUUCCUCCGGGAUCUUCGGGGCCUGGUAAGACGCACCAGCACGAACCAAUUGCGAAAACGAUCAAGAAGUCGCUCUCGCGGUCGCUCUGGCAGCCAAGCAGACGCACCAUACGAAGAGGAAGCCGGACAACAGAUUAAACGGGAAAGCACACCACACUUGUCACCGCCAUUGGGGUCGACGGGAAGUGGCAAGAAACCAACACCUAGCAUUAACACAACACUGGCAUCCAUGGGCCAAAAUUUUGCGUCCAUGUGGACCGGCCAUGCUCGAAGCGGCUCUAUUAGCGGACCAUCUCCGAUUGCCUCCCCUAGGGCGUCUCUUGGUAGUUUGAGCGUAAAGAAUUCGCUCCGAAGACCACGGAGUAAAUCUGAAAUCCCCAAGCCUACCGGAAGUGCAGCUGCCAUGGAAAGUACGUCUAGCCUUGUUGAUAUGUGGCGCAAGUCUGGUGGCCCUCCAGUAGCUCCUGUUAGUAGAGUUAACCAAGCUCACGCUGCUGACGACGACGAUGACGACGACGAGGAUGAUCUCUACGAGGAUAACGAUAUGAGAGCGAACCCGAAUAUCAUUGAUGAUAUUACGCCGAACUUUGCUGGCUUCCAGCAACAUGUCAUGACCCUGAACCCAGGGCUGGAAGAUGCUUACGGGUACUUGGUUGACCGUAUCGCUCAUCAACAAAUUAUCAGAUACAAGCAUUUACUCAACGCCAAAGUCAAGCACCUCGGAUUGGGCGCCAACUGUCCCUGUGGCUCGCUGUGCAUGGCACUUGGCGGGUCUGCAAACAUUCUUGAUCAAAAAGGCGAUCCAAAAGGGUUAGAUCCUCUGUCGGCUGGUAUAGAGGAUGACGAGGGCAUGCCUACAGAGGGCGCGAUCAUCCAAGACAGCUUCCCGCAGGAUAUCCCCAUGCCUCCGACUCAGUAUCUACCAGCAGAGUUUGAGUGUCAGCUUUGCUAUCAGAGGAAAAAGUUCCAGAAGCCAUCCGACUGGACUAAGCACGUUCACGAGGAUGUGCAACCAUUUACCUGCACUUGGGACAAAUGCCGAGAUCCAAAAAUCUUCAAGCGCAAAGCUGAUUGGGUUCGACACGAAAAUGAAGGUCAUCGGCACCUAGAGUGGUGGACUUGCGAUGUUGAUGACUGUCGGCAUACCUGUUACCGCAGGGACAACUUCCUUCAGCAUCUGGUGCGCGAACACAAGUUUUUGGAGCCCAAGGUAAAGACGAAGGCUGCAAUGAAGCGUGCCGGAGGGAUGGAUGCGACGUGGCAAAAGGUUGAGCAGUGUCACAUUGAGACUACGGCUCGACCUCAAGAUGAACCAUGCCGAUUCUGUGGGAAAACUUUCCCAACAUGGAAGAAGCUCACAGUCCACUUGGCGAAGCAUAUGGAGCAAAUAUCUCUUCCCGUAUUGCGACUGGUGGCUGCCAAAGCAAAGGAAUUGGCUGCCGAUACCAUCAUCAGCCCAGUACAAGAUCCCCCACCACGACAAACCAUACCUCUGCCCAUGAACCAAACUACACCUUCGGUACAGUUUCCUGGUGCACAGCAUAUGCAGCAGCACCCAGGACAACAGCAGCUUCGAAAUAAUUACAACCAUCAAACUUUGGGUUAUCAGUCGCCAAGCUCUUUCAUGUAUCCUGUCAUGCCUCCUGGUCAAUUUCAACAACAACUCUAUCCGCAGCAGUUUGACAAUAUUGGACAGAGUCUUCAGUCAAACAUGGGUGUUGGGCAGAUGAACCAGGGAUAUGAUACCAACCAAAGGCUGCAAAGCAUGCAGGGCAACCAAGCUGGAGAUUACUUGCCAUCGAACAAUAACUUUAUGGCCAUGUCGGACAAUGAUGUAGAGCCAUUCCCGCAACUAGGUAUGAAUGCUCUCGGACUACAAAAUGUUGGAGAUGUGCAAAUGGGAGGUCAACUUGGUGGCCAGAUUGGUUUUGAUCCAAUGAUGGAUCCCUCCAGCGUGAAUGGAAGCCCGUUUAGUGGUCACGAAUCGCUGUCGACGUAUUCCCACUCGCCGCACCUGAAUGCUUCAACGAACAACCAAGAACAACCACAGCAUAAUCAACAAGGGCAACAGCAGCAGUGGGACGAGCGCCGCCUUUUUCUCUAG